AUGAUGGACAAUAGAAGCUACUCCAAUCUGCCAGACAAACUGCCUGUCUUCACUGAUUCCACCCACUUGCCACUGACCAGGUCCUUCUAUCUGGACCCCAUGAUCAUGUUCCACCUGUACCCUGAGGGCCCGGUGCCACCUCCUUACUCUGAAGACCUGCCAUUGCUGCCUUUUUCCAGUGACUCUCUGAUCAUGGAAGAUUAUGGGGAAGCCUGCGCCUUCUGCUUCCCAAUGCCUUAUCCAAAUUACAGAAGGUGUGAAUACUCCUACAGGCCAGCCUUUAUCCAGAAAAGGAAUGAGCGGGAAAGGCAGCCGGUGAAAUGUGUCAAUGAAGGCUAUGCCCAGCUCCGACAUCAUCUGCCAUAGGAGUACUUGGAGAAACGACUCAGCAAAGUGGAAACCCUCAGAGCCGCAAUCAAGUACAUUAAUUACCUGCAGUCCCUUCUGUACCCUGAUGAGGCUGAGGCCAAGAAUAACCCCAGGAAAGAUUCCUCCAUAAUGGCAACCACCAGCCGCCACACUGACCCCAUUUUCGGAAUCAUUUGA